AUGUUUAUGCGCACUGUUGACGAAAUCCUCGCAGAAAUGGAGGCAAUAUUCGCAAAGAAAGACAACUUGCUCAAUGUACGUAGAAAAUUUGAAAGGCGAAUUUGGAAGUUUGGUGAACAGUUCAGUAGCUACGCUAACGAGAAACGGCUGUUAAGCGCUGGCCUCAACCUAUGCGACGAAGAAUUUGUUGAAUACCUCGUAGACGGCAUUCCUCAUAAACAAUUGCAGAUACAAGCCAAGCUUCAGAAUUUUAAAAGUGCUGGUGAGGUGACUAGAGCAUUUCGGACUGUCGAGUUGCCGCGACGAGCCGCACCAAAAACGAAUUUACAAAGUGGUGAAGUGCGGCUAAGGUGCUACAACUGCAAUUGCUCCGGCCACAUCGCAAAAGAGUGCAGCAAGCCUAAGCGCGAAUACGGGACGUGCUUUGCGUGUGGCGAACGCGGACAUUUUGCGGCGAGCUGCAACAACUACAAGAAGUCGACAUCCAGUAGCAAUUUUAAUGCCUAG